GGGGGGCGAGAGGUAAAGGGGAGAGGAGAGAAGCACAUGGCGAAGCAACGUACAGGACUUCCAUUUCUGCGCCAGACGCCGUGAGGGUAACAUCCUUUUGCUGGUAACAACUUAACGAGGAAGUAACGGGUGACAACUACUGACGGUAGCCUUCAAGCUGCUGGGAUAUAUGCACAACACGUGAACUGCGAAAAUGUUGGGGACUGAGGACUUAGCCAUCGAGCCUCGAGGCGGAUACGAGUCUUUCGACUGUGCCAAGGCCGUGGCGCUCAUUGGCUUCAUCGGCCUGCUGUCCAACUUUCAGGAUACAAUUGAAGACUUCAUGAACUUGCUUAACAUGGGGGGGAGGCGGCGGCGGCGGCGGAGAGAUGAUGGAACAGAGAGCUGGAAGGACAUCAUCUAUUCAGCUAUAGAAACCUUUCAGUAUGGAACACAACCAUCCCAACCUGGGAACAAAGAUACAGUGCCAAACUAUGUGGCACACAAAGAGAGUUCUGAGCAGGAAGAAGACAUGAGGCAGACAGACAACACUGCUGGAAGAGAUACUCACACGGAUAGCUCAGCUGACUGUCUGGGGAGUUCUGAACCGCCUGACCCUGAAGACAGAAGACCCCUCAUGCAAGACCUGGCACGCACUGGACCCAUGCUGGCGAUGUGGCUGGUUGACACUGGCGAUGGGCGGGUGUCGGGGGAGGAGGGCAGGUCCAGAGUGUGCCAGACCAGCCGCUACUUUACUGACACCCACGGCUGGCUGGGCUCCAUAGCAUCCCAUCUCCUCACAAGCACACUGGCAGCAGCCAUCUCUGAGAACCAAGAUAGCAAGGAGCUUCUUGACUGGGCUGGCCUCUCAGCUGGAACAAUAGGCUGCUAGGAUUUAUAAUGAAUCCUUUCAUAUAUUUGACAAAACUGUAUUUCCUUGCAUAAAAGCUAAAUAAUGUCAAAGACAACUCCCUAAAUCAUUAUAUAUAAAAUGUAGCCUCAGAGAUAUACAGUAUUCAGUAUAAAAUGCAUUCAAGAAAUUUUGUAAUGGUCCAAAAUGCAGAUAUGGACUCUGAAGUCUUUUGACCUGUGGGGCACACUUUGGUUUGACGAUGGUGAGUCCGUCUUGUGUCUCGAGGGCCAAGGUUCAAUUCCCAGAUGGGUUGUUGGAGAAAGAAUUGUUUUACAUGCUCUUUGGAUUCAGAUACACAUGUAGGAAAAAUGUCAUGGUUACACUGGAAAAAAAAGGCCUGGAAAUAUGAAUAUUUAAACUUGGUAUAGUUGUGGACCAGCAAAAUGCCUACAGUAAGCCGGCAAAAAGCAUAUUUAAGUGAAUAAUGCCUCCUGUGACACCCUGAUUUUAGAAUCCAAUAUGAUGCACAUGCUGCACUGAUACUACUAUAGCCAUCUACUGCUGGAUGGAGCUUCAGCUGCAGCAUUUUGCUCACUCAUGUACCCAGGGUCUCUAUUCCUGUAUUGAAACGCAUGCAUUUGGGCAGGAUUCUGAUGUAGGCAGCGGAUGAGUGUUUUAACUUAUGUACUUUUGCCUGCUUGUUUGGGACCCAGAUACACAAAGGCACUCUAAAAAAUUUGAGGGUUCCACAUGCUUAUUUGAUAUUCUGUUCAUCAUAGAUUUAAAAGUCAAUUGGGGUUCUAAUAAUGCUAAUAUGUUUUUACUUAGGGAUACAGCAACCCUCCAAAGGUAGUAUUCACAUUAUAGUUGAUCCCAUGAGUUUAACUUUGAAUAAGGUUGAAAAAUGUACUCUUGCUGGAAUCUAUCUAGUAUUCGUAAAUCUAAUUUGCAGAAAAUAUAAAACAAUAUAAAUUCUACA